GUAAGUGAAUUUGCGCUUAGCUCGUCACUCGUCGGCCGAACUCAAUGCCCGAGAUGUGGAGAGAAAGAAAAAUCAACCAGUAGCAGGCAAUUCUCCCAGCGUCUGAAAAAAGAUUGGAUAUCUUCUGACCCUUUUUUACCAGACAACCAUCUCGUGGAUUUGCAUGAUGGAUGCCAGUGGGCCGUGGGUGAGAUGACCGCCGGUAUGCUCAGCUCAGCACAAUCACCAGCUUCACUUAGACUAAGACUCUGGUGUAAAUCUUGCUAUUGGUACGCUCCCAUAGUCUUCAAUAAUCUCCUCUGGAUGUGGCCAAUGUCUGCAGACACUUGUGUGCAAACCGCCUGGCCUUUGCUCAACACUAACCGGCCGCUGACCCACAUCUCCAACAUAAUGUCAAACUGUCAACGACCCUCACUAUUAUCAGCUACUAGGUUAUUGUGUCAUUAUUUUUCACCCGGCCUUUGUCUUCUCAGGCUAUUCAGAUGA